GUGAUAUAAAGAACAACUUUGGGCCCUUUGCUGGGGAACGCAGUUUCAGUUGGGUGAUGAAGCAAUAAAGUAGCGCAAAGGGGACUCGGAGGUGGAAGAGCGGGAACGGAGGCGGGAAGGCCAGAAGGCAUCGCGUUCCGGGGAGAUCUCCAUAAAAGCACGCAUCAGUCAGCCCCCGAGAGUAGCUCUGCGAGGGCUCCAUCUGUUCGAGCACUUUUGAGCGAUGACCAGAAACGCAAUGAGGACGGAGACGCGAGUCCCAGUAGAGAGCACUGUGCCCCUCAACCCUGGAACGGGUCAAGCCUCUCGGCCUGGAAAGCACAGGAAGGCGAUGGCGGCACCCAAGGCCCCGAAACAGAAUGUGGCUCGAUGGAAAGGCAUCCUCAUCACAGUAGCCUUGGUGCUGCUUGUACUGGGCAUACUGGUGGUGGCGGGAUACUUCAUCAAGGAGCUCAUCGACAGCAAGUACUUCUUCUGUGUCAAGUCAUUCAAGUUCAUCCCCCUGAAUCUGGCCUGCAAUGGCCAUGCGGACUGCAUUGGGGGAGAGGACGAGCAGACCUGUGUGUCCAACCUGACUGUCCAAACUCCUUUCCCAGUCCGCCUGGUGUCCACCCAAAACGUUCUGCAGGUGUAUCAGAACGCCUCUGGCUGGAGGACGGUGUGCGCAGACCAGUGGUCCCAGGAUUAUACGCGGAUCACCUGUCAGCAGCUGGGAUAUACAGCUAAUCCCAGCAGCGUCAAUGUAACCAUCCAGAGCCUACCACAGUCCCUGACGACAUCCUUCAGUCAGGUUGCUUCCAGCAAACCUCAGUCAGUUUUACUGAACUUCAAUGUCAUUAACAGCCCACGCUGCUCCUCCGGUUUGGUGGUUUCGCUCACCUGCUCAGACUGUGGAGAGCGGCCCCCUCAGGACCGCAUCGUGGGUGGGGUUGAUGCAAGAAUCGAGGACUGGCCCUGGCAGGUCAGCCUGCAGUUGAACGGCCAGCACACCUGCGGGGGCAGUCUGGUGUCUCUGCGUUGGGUGGUCUCGGCGGCACACUGCUUUGCCAGCACUACCAAGGAACUGAGUCGCUGGCGCGUGGUCUAUGGGAAGACCUAUGUGACCAUCUUGGGGGGCUCAACAGUGGACAAGAUUAUCAUGAACGGGAAUUACGACCCCCACGAGAAUGAUUUUGACAUUGCCAUGAUGCGGCUGUCUCAGCCCAUUACCGUGACAGCUGUCACUCAUCCAGUCUGCCUGCCCCCCCGUGACCUGUCCCUGGAAAAUGGGGCACCUCUGGUUGUAACCGGCUGGGGAUACCUCCAUGAAAAUGCCAACGCAGUGUCCACUACUCUGCAGAAGGCUGAUGUGACCCUCAUAGGUCAGAGAACAUGUAGUAGCACUGCUGUGUAUGGUGCAGCCAUCACUCCCAGGAUGCUUUGCGCUGGCUUCAUGGAUGGCAAAGUUGAUGCUUGUCAGGGGGACAGCGGAGGCCCGUUGGUGUACCUGUCUGACCGCUGGCAGCAGGUGGGCGUGGUGAGUUGGGGCGUGGGCUGUGCACGCAACCAGAAGCCGGGAGUCUACUCCAAUGUGGACUCCAUGCUCGACUGGAUCUACACAGUCAUGGAGAAAAAUUCCUGAGCCGUCCUGCAGCUGCGCAGCAGAAUCAAACUUGGGAGGCCAUGAAAGCCAUCGCACGAGACUCCAUUCGUGCCACCAGAUGGUUUCUGGCUCACGCAGACCAGACCUGUUUCCACACGCUAACAAAACAGCUCUUCGUAUGAAUCGGUCCUCAGGCAAGUUUUUAAUCUUGCUGAAAUAACUGAAAAUUACCGUCUCCGCUUGUUUGAGGUAUGCUGUCAAUUUCAGGGACUGGGCUAUUUAUGGGAGACUACGUAUACUUCAAAUCUCAGGGAUUCUAUGCAAAUGGUCAAAUAGUGUGUGACGUGGAAGCAAAAACAUGUGUCCACAUCAGGGAGCUGUAAAAUGGUGCUUUGUUUCGUACUUUUUUCUCCCCCCUGAAUCUCACCUUGCACUUUGUUCCCUUUCUUAUUGCCAUUGGCUUGCUUACUUUGCAUUUUUAAAAAAAAAAAAAAAAAAAAAAAAUGCACUGUAAAAAUGUGCUGCUCCUGAUACUGAGAACACAUGGUUUCUUCCCCCCCGUUUUAGUGUUCCAGUUCUGGGUGUAUAGAAACACCCGGGUAACACAGGGUUAAGGUUAGGAAAGAACUGAGGUCUUGAUUUCUUUUAAAAUGGUUUAAAAGUUAUUAAAUAGCGUGGGUUUUUUGUAAUAUGUGUACAGUAGAAAUUUUGAAAUGUAAUAUUUGGAUUUAAAUUCAUUAAUUGUACAUAAGUGAGAUGGGCUAUUGGCAUUCUAUUGUAAAUGUGUAAUAAAAGUUUUUAUGAA